AUGGACCCAUUAUCUGUCGCAGCGGGUGUCAUCGCAAUAUUGCAAGCAACUGGAAUAGCAGGUCAAGGUGUUCAUAAGCUACUGGCCUUGCGAGAUGCACCUCAACAGCUCUAUCAGCUAUGGAACGAGGCUGAGGCUUUACGAGCUCUGGUACUUGAGACCGAAUCGGUCCUACGUCGUAUGCUGGAUUCGAAUGGAUAUGACCUGACCAGCUCCUCCAUUGGACCUUCACUAGAGAAAGUUAAAGAACAUGUAGUCGAGUUCGAAGAACUGAUCCGCAACAAACUAUCUCGACCAGAGAUAGUGGGUAGUCAGGUGUUACCAAAAGUUCGGCGGUUGCAUUGGCUUCGGGCGGGAUCAGACAUACAAAGGAUCAAACAGAACAUUCGCGAUUCCAGAGAAAUACUCAAAGAUCGGCUCGCUCUGAUCAGCAUAAACGAUAGUCAUGACUUGAAGUCUCAUGUUCUUCAAAUUCAGAGCAUAGCACUCACCAGUUCAGACGCCAUUCGGCAAAUCGAAGACAACCAACGAGAAACCCAAGCAAGCCUGAUCGCGCUCCGUGUUGAACAACAGCAAAACUACGAAGCUCUACAGACCACCCUUACCUGCACGAUGCAACCGAUCCUUGGGCAAAUGGAGCAAAUGACAUUGGCAUUGACGAGGACUCAGGGAAGCCACUUGCCUACCCACAAUACCCCCGGCGGUAGCAACCCCCCGCCUUACAGUCCGUGGGCCCCACCACACCAAGAUCUACCCGUUCGUGUUUCCGCGACUAUAGCUUCACACCAAUGCCCAAAAGGUUGUAAGUGCCAAUGCCAUACACGAUCCUCGGUUCGCACACCAACAUGGUGCAAAAACGUCUUUGGCCGGCUUAUGUGGACAUACAGCUCGUCGAUAUCGAUGAGGUAUUGCAACUAUGCGCCAUGUAGGAAGAGUUUGGGAAAGCACCACUUUACAUACUACUUCCCACCGUGGCUUGUUUCCAGGGCGCUCGUGGUCUCUGCGGCACUAGACGAUCUCUCGGGAGCCGGUGCGAAACUAUCGAUCAAUGUACCACUCAUUGUCCCCGAAGAGAGUCAUAUCGUGUGGUCGCUAGUGAUGGCGGGAAACCUGGAGCAAUUGAGGGUUUUAGUGGCCCAGGACAAGAAUCUGAUGUACGUCCGAAACCAGUGGGGACAAAACAUCAUGCAUGUUGCUGCGAAAAUCCAUCAGCCUGCUAUCUUCAAUUACUUACUUGAUAUGGGCAUGGAUGCCAAUCUUCCAGACGAAAAUCAGAAAACAGCCACCACGACGGUGAUCACCCGCCGCGGCGCCGAAGAGUACGAUCUUCCUAUAGAUGCAGACGACCUCGCCGAUCGCCUUGGAUGGACGGAGUUGCACAAAAUAGCUGCUUUGACGCACAAAGACCGUCCAUUGACGGAGGCGAUCCUGAAGGCAGAGUAUGACACAAUCAACAGCAAAGAUAAUCUUGGCCGCACACCACUGCAUUGGUUAGCUGAGAAUGGCGACGUAGACGGAAUCAAGCUUUUGACGCAAGACCCCUGGCGGGCCGAUGUACAUGUUCGGGACAACAUGGGAUUCACAGCACUUCAUUGCGCCUGCUGGGCAGACUCUUUGGCUAGUUCAUCAGCCCUACUCGAUGCAGGCAGCAACCCGAAUGCACAAGACAAACAUGAAAGAACGCCAGUCCUCUUCUUCGAGGAUAGCAAGAUAUUGGAUCUUCUGAUCGAGAAGGGUGCUGACCUUCUCGUCAGCGAUGAUGAAGGGGCAAACUUCAUGCACCAUGUCGCGAUCGCCGAUCAAGGUGAUCUUGCAAUGACUUUACUCGAGCGGUAUGGAGAUAAGCUUUGCGUACCCAACUAUAGCGGCGAUACUCCCAUUGGCCUGGCCAUACAAUCCAACAGUCUCCAAGUCCUUGCAGCCUUGGUAACAUACAUGGAUGAGUUUCCUGUCGAAAAAAUCAACUCAGUCAACAAGAGCAAACGUAACAUCCUCCACAUUGCUGCUUUGUAUGGCACAACUGAGUCUAUGGACAUGCUCGCCGAAGCAGGUCUUAUUGGUCUGGAUCCAGAUGCAUUGGAUAAAGAUGGCCAUACACCAAACGAAUGCUUCAUUCAGUGUCGAGACGCAAAUCAUGCAACGACACGCAAACGAUUUGAGUUAGAGAACGAAUCAUGGACAAGUCUGAUGGCAACAGUACGCAGACAGGGAAAGCCACUCUUUGAGAUGAAAGAAGUAGAAAAAGUUGACGUAAGAAUGGAAGUAAGGAUCAUUGAGGAAGUGGUCUAG